ACAGACCACGAUGAACUCGCUGGUGGUGUUCCUUUCCGUGAUGGCGCUGGCCGCCGCCGAGCCGUCCGCGAUCUACCCGGCCGGAGUGAUCGGCUACGGCCCGGCCGUGGUCGCCCAGCAGUACAACGUCGGCGCCUCAGCCGUGACACACCAGUCCCGCGUGGACGUCAAGUCCACCCCAACCGUCGUGUCCACUGAGUUCGUGCAGCCCGUGGCCCGUACCGUGGUCGCCCAGCCCGCCGUCGUCGCCCAGCCCGCCGUGGUCGCCGCCCCCUCGUACGUGACUCCCCUCACUUACCAGGCUCCCCUCGCCUACGCCGCUGCCCCCGUAGCCGUCGCCGCCCCCGCCGCCGUGUCCCACCAGUCCAGACUCGACAUCAAGUCGUCGCCCGCCAUCGUGAGCACCGUGGCCACCGCGCCCGUGUACCGCACCGUGAUCUCCGCCCCAGCUCUGACCUACGGCAUCAACUACCCCACCAUCCUGAACGCCGCCGCCAUCGCUCCCGUGGCCAUCGCCGGCCCCGCCCCCGCCGUCACCGCCGUCCAGACUGAAGCCCAGGCCGUCCAGACCGAGAGCUCCGCCGAGCUGCCCCAGGCCCCCAGCGAGACCCCCGAGGUCGCCGCCGCCCGCGCCGCUCACCUCGAGGCUAAGGCCGAGAUCGAGGAGGCCCACAAGAUCCAGAAACGUUCCCUGGUGGUGCCCGCCCCCCUCAUCACCUCCUACGCCACUCCCAUCAAGUACGCCGCGGCCCCCGCCUUCUACUCCGGCUACCCCGGCUACAGCGGGUUCUACUCCACCUACCCCUCUGCCCCGAUCGUCCGUUACUUGAAAACAACACAGACCAAAAUGUUGAAACUGGUGGUGUUGUUCUCCGUGCUCGCCCUCGCCGCGGCUAAACCCAGCGUGCUGGCCUACAGCCUGCCCCUGGCCUACAGCAGCUACCCGGCUGUCAGCUCGCAGUCCCAGUACAGCGUGCAUGGAUCAGCCCUGGUGCCGUCCUACUACGGGGCCAGCUACGGCCUGGCCUACCCGUCUGUAGUAUCCUCUGGAUACCGGUACCUGGCCCAGCCCGCUCACUCCCCCGCCGUCGUCCUCGACCCCGUCAACGGAGUGCCCCUGGACACCCCUGAGGUAGUCGCCGCCCGCGCCGCCCACUUCCAGGCCAAGGCUCUGUCCGGUCACCAUCUCGCCAAGCGUUCCCUGACACCGUUGACCUACUCGUCAGCGGUCCUGCCCAGCUACGGCUUGUCUCCCUACAGCUCCCUGGCCUACUCCAGCCCCCUGGUGUCCGCUUACUCCGGCUACACUGGCUACUCGCCCUACUACGCCUCGUACUCGCCCUACGCCUCCACCGGUCUCAAGGCCCUCUCCGUCCACCCCUACUAAUUCAAAUUGUAGCGAUUGAUCACACUAGUUAAAAUGUAAUCCGCGGAAAUAAAUCUGUUUCAUAAAAUGUAAAA